GGCGGGGCAGAGCAAUAAGCCUUCUUGUGCCGAUUUCCUCUUCUCCUCCUCCGUCCCCCCCUCCCCAAGCUCGGCUGCGUCUCAAUUCCCUCUCUCAACGACCGUCAUGCGGCGCACGCUCCCCCUCAGCCACUCUCGACAGACUGUGGAAGACCCGCUCCCAACUCUCUCUCGCUGGGACACCUCCGCCCCACUCCCGACCUCAAUGCCUGCUUUGCAGUUGCUUGACUCUCAUUGCGGAUCUUGGACUACAUCUUGCAAACACUCUGUUAGAAGCUGUGCUUGUGUUUGGUUGAUACAUCAUCGUGGAGCCAAGUCAGUCACUUCUGAAUGUUUGCUACAGCCACAGAAUCGGAAGAAGAGGUCCCCUCAUUGUUAUGGGGAUUGGAUCCCAUCUUUUCAGCCUUUGCAAGACUAUAUAUUAAAGAUAUACAAGAAAUGAAAGAAUCAAAACAGAUUCCAGGUAUAUUUUUUUACAACAGACAUCCAAUAAGGCAGGUAGACAUUCUUGGAACUGUGGUUCUAACCAAAGAACGAGAUGCCUUUCAUACUUACGGAGUGGAUGAUGGCACAGGAGUUAUAAGCUGCACCUGCUGGAAAAAUCCUUUGGCAGAACAGAAAUCUUUUUCAGAAUUUGAAUCUCAUCCACGUACCUCAAGUGACCUACAUCUAGUUGAACAAAUAAGAAAGCUACAAGUAGCAAUUUGCCAAAAAACGAGGCUGGAAAUUGGUGAUAUAAUCAGAGUCCGUGGUUGUAUUCGGAUCUACAGACAGCAGCGAGAAAUCAAGGCCUCCAUGUAUUAUAAAGUUGAUGACCCUAUGUGUGAAGUUCAGAUUUCAAGAAUGCUAGAACUCCCCCGUCUGUACAGAGAUAUUUACGAUAAGCCAUUCCAGUUCCAAGAAGAGGCACAGAGCCAAGGUGCAGCAGGUACAUUGGACUCCAUCACUGUGCUGAGCAAAAGUAUAAGAGACUUCCUAUUGAAGAACAAGAUUCAGAGCUUUUAUCAACAGGAGCUGGAAACAGUUGAGCCUUUAGUAUCUAUGAUCAAGGAGGAUGGAUCAGGGACCACUGCUGAGCAAACGGAUUCCAAAGUGGGCCCCUCCUCCAAACUGAUUAGGAACUCCUUCACAGAUGCAAUAAAGGUGUUGGAAAAAAAGGGUGUUCUUUUCCAGAAAUCAAAGAAUCCCAAGGAUAUGUAUUAUGUAACUGAACAGGAUAAAGAACUGCACAGGAUGACCCUUGAAGCCAUCAGUGCUGAUUGCAAGAGGCCAAAAUAUGCUGAAAAGGGCUGCCAUCUUCGUCACAUUCUCAGUUGUAUUCAGCAGAGCUACAGCCCUUAUGUUUCUGAACCUGUGGUCUGUUGCCUGCUGGAUUGGAUGGAGACCAACAGUGAUGUUGUUACUACCAUGGAAGAAUACUACACUGUCUUUUAAAACAAGGGAAGUGGACAUCUGGAGCCAAAUUUUAUACAUUGGACAUGAGCAGUAAGAAUAUUUCAGCAUCAAGGACUUGGUGUUCCUACUCUUUAUAAUUUAGAAGAUGCCGGGUCAUAAAAUUCCUAUUUCUUUUGUUUUGCUCCAGGUUUCAGAUUGCACUCUGCUUCUGAUGUUCCAGGCACUAAAACACAGGGAUCUUUUUAAACAGAGAAAGUUAUCAUGUUGUGAAUGCCCCCUUGUGGCUGGAUAGAAGACAGAACAACAGACUUUGCAUUCAGAUCUCAUAGUCCAAUAAACAGGACUAUAAAGAGAGCUCCUCUAAAGAAUGCUCCUAUAUUCACAGAGCUCCUCUUUUCCUGAGACUUUCACAUUGUCUUUGAGCCUGUCAGGCUUUUCAGCUCUAGCUAUUUACUUACACAGGGUGUGGUUUAUGUAUGUUCUGUCAAUUAUCAUAUAUAAACUGUACACUGGUAAUCUGCAAGGCAGUUACACUGUAUUAAAGAUCACAUUGCUCCCAUCUCUAAUGGUAUGUUGAAUGUUGAAAAUAUCUCUGUAAUUAGAUCCUCCUGUCUCUUGAAUAAAUCUUUUGAGCCCCACAUA